AUAAAUAAAUAAUAUUCAUGAAACCUGAAGAGGCGACAUGGCGCUCAUUCCCGUUGUUGCUGCUACCACCGCACGUCUUACGGUGUUGCCACCGAUAGUACCGUUUAGAUGCACCAGUCGCCGUCGAUCUUCGGUUCUGGCCAGUCUAUCUUCUCCGCCAGAAGUGGUGGAUUGGGUGGAGGCGACAUCAAGCUUCUUCGAACAGGAUACAAGGCCUAUCAUGCUAUUUGACGGUGUGUGCAACUUAUGUAAUGGAGGUGUGAAGUUUGUACGCGAUAAUGAUCGGCAAAGGAGAAUAAGGUUUGAAGCCCUACAAAGCGAAGCUGGCAAGAAUCUAUUAAGAAGGUCUGGAAGAGCUCCUGAUGAUAUUUCAAGUGUCGUGCUCGUAGAGCAGAAUAGAUCAUAUAUUAAGUCAGAAGCUGUGUUGAAGAUCAUGGAGUACAUAGACUUGCCUUUUCCCCAACUAGCCUUCUUUCUUCAUUUUGUACCUUUAUUCAUAAGGGAUUUUGUGUACGAAAACGUUGCGGACAACCGUUAUGCUGUGUUUGGACGUUCAGAGUCGUGUGAAAUUUAGGGUACCGAUUAUAAGGUAACCUAAUAUUUUAUGUUUAUGCCCCCAAUACCAUAGUUUUCUCUCAUACAUCCCCUACUAUAAUCUUGUAUAAAGUUGAUGUCUAGAGUUGUAUAUUUAGGAAGUUCAUAGAAAAGAAAUCGAAUAAAAUAUCGAUGAAUGGAACUAUGGAAGUUCAUAUCUUAUACGGUUUAAAGUUUUAUAGUUUUAUUUUAUUUGAAA